AUGUUCUCACCAGAGACUGCGCGUCCGCAGUCUGUGCGGCCCAAGAGAACUCGACAGGCAGCAGGACAAGAUGAUUCAAUCAAGCUGCCACAAGCGAAACGUAAACGGUCGGCCCUUCGAAAAGACACAUUUGAACCUCUGGCUGAGGCUAGUUUAAAUGAGGUCGCAGGACGCGAAGCAAACGACGAGAAAGCCCAUGAGAAUACCCAUUCAGCUGCGUCCACGAGAGAAUUGACUUUGCGGAGUGCGAAGAAACCUGAAAAGCGGUCCGAAAGAGCGUCAGGCGCAGCCAGCGCGGCCUUGAUCUUAUCCAACAAUGAGUUCUACACUGUGUCUCAGCUACCCGCUCUGCCGGACCAGAUCAGAAACCGCCCUGCAGUCCCAUAUUCCUGCGUGAUCUCUCCCGAAUAUGGCUACGCAUUGGCCUUGACCCAUACCGAUGCAAUCAUCUGGCCCUACAAUACAGGCGCAUCCACCCCUUCUUCCCGAGAAGUCGUUACCUUCAAACUACCAUUUCCGCCAGCUUCGAUCGACGACCCGCUACCGCUGGCAACCUUUACGGCCCGAGCAGCGAGCGGAGAACCAGGAGUUGUGGCGGUUUCUGCCAAAUCAGGAAAAGUCGUGUAUUGGGAAACAAUAUCCAGCGCCUCAUCUUUGCUGCCUGGCCAAACAUCCAGCGUCCAAGGCUCGAUACCACAAUUGCAGAGCAAUGAAGUCGUCGAAGAGCUGGUCAACGCUGAACCGUCCGGAUUCAUACUUGCAUUACGACAUGGCCGAGCAGCUCAUCUGACCAUCCGAGAUCAAAUGGGAAGGCCUGGUAUAGGUGUCCAAUUUCUGCGAAAACCAACGAACGGUACAGGAGGCUUACUAGGGAGUAUUCGGAAUGUUUUCGGUGGAGAUCGAAGAAAAGGAAUUCCCAUUGUGAAAGCCGGGGGUUCACGAAAGGGCCAGCGAGACAUUGUCAUUGCAACUCAAGAUGCUGAACUGGAACUCUGGAGUACAACCUUGAGUUCUGGUAACAGCCUCGAGGCUUCUUUCAGCUUCAAAGAUGAAGUUCUUGAAGCAUUGAAGUCAUCGAUGCCUGAAGAUGCGCAACCUGAUGUCGAGGUCCUGGAUGUGGAACUUUCAGCAGGUCCAAGCACGGCGUUGACUCGACGAGAAAGCCACGGUGCACCGAUGAUGGUGCUGGCUUCGGUGUCGACUUCAGAGCGCGUCAAAUAUUUCAUCAUUGAGAUGCUUGUCGACCAAGGCGCCCAAGUUAAAGUGGUCCAUCCCAUAACCUGUCACUCCUCAUCAAACUCGGAUGAACAAGCCUGGCGGCCUCGCUUGUGCGUUGCGAAAUCACAUCCAGUGGCGUUUGUCCUCUUCGAGACUGCUGUUGUGGUGUUCUCGCUUGCGAAGAUACGAGAGACUCCAUCCUCGCAACUCUUGAUGGAGCGGCAGGCGCUUCCCGAACCAUUUCAAGAUGCCAUUCGAUUCCGGGAAAGUACACAGUACAAGGUCCUGGGGUUUGCGCUGGAGACGGCAGAGAAACACUCCUCGGUCGUUUUCGGCGUGCAAGGUUUCGGAGUGGUCAGAUUGACCUACCAUCCUCGAAACAAUGGUGAAAUUGAUGUUGAUGAACUUGAAGACCGGAUCAGUGCGAAGAGCAAGAUAGAGCAAGCAGUGUUUUUUGGAAGUCUCAAACAAAACCCUCUGGAUCUCAAAAAUGCCAGCCUAUCUUUCUCGGCCGAAGAAGUCGAGACCGCUGCACUGGACAUCAGCUCUGAAAUACUCUCCUCGUCAUCCAAACACCUGCCGAAGAGUGCACCUUCCAUCGAAAUGCAGAUGCGGAUCCGGGCUAAGGCCCUCGAUGACUUGGCACAACAUCUGCUGGAGCAUUACCCGUCCCUAGUGUCUCGCAACACUCGCUUCGAGUUGUUGUUGAAUGCCGAGAAAUUGGCAGCCGCUCAGGCGCUUUGGAAGGUUCAAGAGGCAAUUCAGCGGAGGUAUCCUCAGAGCGAUCGGGAGAUGUCUUAUCUUGACUUCACUCUUCGAGCAUUGCACGAGUCCCGUCAGAAAUACCCAGAUCCAGAAAAGGGAGAGAAGGAUCGAGUGAGACACUGGUUGGUCAAUAGCGUUGAGCACAUUGGCCAUUUGAUGUCUGAAUUGGGCGACUGCACUCAUGAACUAGAGCCCAUGGAUGUUACAGAUCCCAGAGUUGUUGCCGAUUACUACACAGAGGCCGCCGACCUGUGGAUCGCAACAUAUAGCACCGCCUUCAAGUUCAGGGAAGACAACGCUCCUCUUUAUGGGCUAGGAGAUGAAGUCUUCAAAGAUGGGGUGCUGGUCUCAGGUUUUCCUGUUGAGAUCCCGCACCCUUGGACGUCACGUCCGGAGCCGUUACGACUCGGCCAGCGCAUCAUCUAUGACAUUGGUACUUUCAUGAACGAGUGGUGGGAGUUUAGCCACGGGAGAAACAGAAAGAAGAAGAUGCCCACGGAUCUUGACGGCAAGCCCUAUGAUGGACCAAGCAAGACCGCACUCGAGGAACUGGCUGCACGUUUGCCGGUGCAAGUUGAAUUGCUUUCUCGUAUUGUCGAUGAAGAAACCACUCAAGCGGAGUGCCACUUGAAAGUCUUGGAAAAGGAUCCCGAAGCCCUCAGAGAUGAAAUCAAGGCCUUACGAAAUGAAGAGAUAGACCGUCUAUCUCAAGCAUUACUGGUGAUUUCAGCCUUCAACAUGCCAGGAGCAAUUCGGUUAAGCGAGAAGUUCGGAUACUUUGGAAUGCUGGUCAAUCUGCAUUACGACUACUAUAAACGGUUGACUGCAGAGGUGGCGGCUGAUCCAUCUUUGGCCGAAGAGAACCAACGAAAACUGUCCGAGAUGCAGAACAAAGCCGAGAUGUACUUCGAUCAAUUUGGUAAAGGAUGGGCCCUUGCUUACUUCCGCCGACUGAUCGAGGAUGAUGAGUGCGGAUCUCUUUUGCUCAAGGGUGAAGAAGACGACAAGAAGAAGAAGUUCCUUACCUGGUUCUUUAAGCUGGCCGAAGAAUUGGGCCAAAAGGUCGGCAAACUCAGCUGGAUCCAUGACAUCGUCGCCAAUGGAAACUAUCUGCGCGCCGAAAAAACACUUGAAGAAGUUGCGGCCGAAGAAAUGGAUGACCUCUGGAGCAAGAAAACCGAACUGUCCCUUGCCAAAUUGGCAGGCCUGGCUGCAGCUGAAGGCAGAGCCACGACAGCGGAUGAUCUCGAGCGGUAUGAUGAUGAACUGGCGCUCAUCAAGAUCCAAGAAAUGCUUCAUUCCCAUGUGAUGGCCGUGGUCGGUCCCGCACUAGACGACAAAGCAGCAGCUGAUCUCGCUAUGGAGAGUUUUGCCACACGCUGGGUAUCGAAAUUUCCCGCGCUGAAGAGACAGCUGAAGCAGGGUCUGAAGGCUCUGUUGCGUCAAAAUCCAUUGUCGGCGGAAGAACUGAUAGAUAUUCUGACCUUGAUGGAUCCGAUGGACUGGCCUGGGAUCCCAGAAGAAGAUCCCGAGGUCCGCGGACAAGAGUUUUCGGUAUCUCUGCAGGUUGUGGACCUCUCUGGAUUGCCAGCUCCCAAGCAAGAUGAUCUUCGAGUCUUGAUCUGGAGACGAGCAAUGAUUCGGGACGACUGGCUGUUGCUGAACGAGACCAGUGGAAAGGACGAUCAAAGAGUGCAAAGCGAGAUGCAACAAACCAGUCUCUUUAGAACCAUCGAGCAACUUCUCACCCUGGGACACCUUCAAGGAACAGAUGUCCACCUGCUGUCACCCAAAGAAAUUCUGGAGCGUGAUCCCUUCCCAAGCAGUCUCCAGGAGAGGUUUACCGAGAAUGAACUGGAAAGCCUUCGGAAAGACCUUGACAAGGAGCAAGCUAAACUGAAGACUUAUGUCGAGAAAGGAAGACUGGAGGAUCAUUAUGGCGGACUGGUGUCGUCUGCCCAGCGAACUGUUCGUACCGCCAUGGAUGGGAAAGGGGAACAUAUGGCCAAAAAAGUCAUGGAUGAGAGCAACGGCUUCUGA